AUGCGUGACAAUUGGAGCAACCUGCUCAGGCAGGAUUUUUCUGCCACAAGCGACGAUGUGCAUUUCCUGACCUUGGGAGAGGAGGAGUUGGAGGAAGACGAGACCCCGCCUCUCAGCAUCCUUAUGAAUGAAAUUCCAGAAGACGCCCGCGCGCAUCCGCAGUCCCGCACCGGCUGCGCCGCCAUGGAAGAGCAGCUGCGGCAGCAACAGCAGCGGCUUCUGGUGCUUCUCCACGCCUCCUCCGGGCCUUUCGCCAGCAUCUGGCCCCCGCCCAACUCCUCCUCCGCCGCCGGGGGGCCGUCGGACCUCUCCCCCGGAGCUGCGGCGGCGGCAGCGGCAGCGGCGGCGGCGGCAGGAGAAGAGGCGUCCGGCGGCAGCGGCGGGGGCAGCGGGGGUGGCGCGGGCAGCCCGGGGGGCGGCGGCGCGGCGGCGGCGGCGGCGGCAGCGGGGGCGGUCAACCCGUGGGACAUCGCGCUGUGCGCCACGGGCACGCUGAUGGCGUGCGAGAACGCGCUGGUGCUGGCCGUGCUGGUGUACACGCCCAGCCUGCGCGCGCCCAUGUUCCUGCUGCUGGGCAGCCUGGCGCUGGCCGACCUGCUGGCCGGGCUGGGGCUGGUGGCCCACUUCGGCGUGCACUACCUGCUGCUGCAGCCGCCGGGCGCCGCGGCCACCCUGGGCGCCGCGGGGCUGCUGCUGGCCGCCUUCUCGGCCUCGGCCUGCAGCCUGCUGGCCAUCGCGGUGGACCGCUACCUGUCGCUGCGCCACGCGCUCACCUACCACUCGGAGCGCGCGCGCCGCUGCACGGCGGCCGCGCUGCUGCUGCUCUGGCUGCUGUGCCUGGCCGCCGGGCUGCUGCCGCUGCUGCUGGGCUGGAACUGCCUGCGCCCGGCGGCCGGCGGCGGGGGCGGCGGGGGCAGCCGGGGCGGCGGCGGGGGCGGCGGGGGCGGCGGGGGCGCCGCCGCCUGCAGCGUACUGUGGCCCGUCACCAAGGCGCACGCGGCCGUGCUGGCCGUGGCCUUCCUGCUGCUCUUCGGCCUGAUGCUGCAGCUGUACGCGCAGAUCUGCAAGGUGGCCUCCCGCCACGCGCAGCAGAUCGCCGUGCAGCAGCAGUCGGCGGCCGCCAGCGCCCCGGCCGCGGCGCCGCGCAAGGGCCUGGCCACGCUGGCGCUGGUGCUGGGCACCUUCGCGCUCUGCUGGAUGCCCUUGGCCGUCUACGCGCUGGUGGCCGACGCCUCCUCCCCGGCCGCCUACACCGACGCGCUGGCGCUGCCGGCCGCCUGCAACUCGCUCCUCAACCCCGUCAUCUACGCCUUCAGGAACCCGGACAUCCAGAAGGCCCUGGGGCUGGCCUGCUGCGGCUGCCGGCCGGCCGGCUGCCCCGCCAGGGCCCGGACGCCCAGCGACGUGUGA